AUGACGAAUCAUAUUUUUACGCCACCAUCAAUAGGAGAUUAUCAUUUCAAAGGAGAAAUCGGAUACGGUGCGUUUAGUAUUGUUAAACUAGUUCAACACUCUCAGUCUAACAAUUUUUUUGCGUGCAAAGUUAUUUCGAAAGAGAAACUGUCAUCAAUAAAGCGAAUAGAAAGAUUCGAAGAUGAAAUCAGAAUUCAACAACAACUACACCAUCCAAACGUAGUUCAAAUAUAUGAUUUAUUGAAAGAUGAGAAAAACUUUUAUAUUAUGAUGGAGUUCUGUCAAGGCGGAGAACUGUUUCAAUACAUUGUAGAUAAAGGAAAGUUAACCGAAGAUGAAGCGAAACAGAUUUUAGAUCAAAUUCUCGAAGGAAUAAAAUACAUUCAUAAAAUGGGCGUCGUUCAUCGCGAUAUCAAACCAGAAAAUAUUCUUAUUGACCAAAACGGUAACGUGAAGCUGAGUGAUUUUGGAUUAUCGAAAUAUGUCAGUUUAAAAUCGAACCUUGUGAAAACGCCAUGCGGAUCUCCUUGCUACGCAUCACCUGAAUGCUUGUCAGGAUUACCAUACAAUGGAUAUAUUUCGGAUAUGUGGAGUGUUGGCGUUUUAUUAUAUGCAUGCGUAUGUGGACAGUUACCAUGGACAAAACGAAGUCAGGCAGAACUGUUCGCACAGGUAAAAUCAGGAUCGUAUGAAAUUCCAUCUUCUCUUUCAUUGGAAUGUCAAGAUUUGAUAAUGAGAUUAAUGGAUACAGAUACUAAUACUCGUAUAACUCCAGAAGAGGCAUUGAAACACGAAUGGUUUGAUUCUCUGCUUCCUCAAACAAGAAUUCAACCGAAAGUUAAUGUGCCAGAUCUAAGUCUGAAAAAGAUCGAUAAUUUCUUUACAAAAUACGAAUAUAGUCAAUUCAAAAUCGAUAUUUCGCUAUUAAACAGCCUUCCAAACCUUACAUUUCAAAAAGUUGUUAAGAAUAUAAUACCAAAUCCGAAUUUUGCGUCACCAGUUAAAGUUCCAGAAUCUGUAAAUCGUAUGAAAUUACCAACAUUGUCGCCAAAACCUCGACCAAGAAAAGAUUCUGGCGCAAAUUUAAAGCCUCUUAAGGCUUUACCAAGAAAUCCAAACUCACGUAAAUUAUCAAAUCCAGUGAAUCGUCCUGUUCGAAGAUCUUGUGUCUUGCCGAACAUUUGA